AUGCCCCCACCUCCAGCUCUUCCCCACCGCCCUCGUUCGAACAACGUCUCCGCUGCAGCCCUGCUUGGAUGCACCCCACGCAAGUGCAAGCGGCCCUUGGAAAUUGAGGCCCACUAUACCGAGAUUCAAGAGGUUGACAGCCAUGGCAGGGUUCGCGACGUCAUCAUCAUCGAGGAUUCGCCGCCUCCGUCUGCCUCUCCGAGCCAGAGCAGACAAAUCCAGACGUCGUCGAUGCAACCGCUGCCCUACACAGACUCUGUCGUUCGCAUCCAGGCACGACCUCCAGCUGCUUCCAGCAGUUUAUCUGCGAAUGGUCCCGCAGCCAAGAAGCGAAGAGUCGGUGGUGCGAAUGCUUUAUCGAGAAAGCCAAUCGCCAGCCACUUCCCAACCAAUGUUAGUACAAACAACUCCUAUGCUGGCGGCAACGACGCCGAUGAUGUCACCGAGAAACGCGUGGCGUGUGACGAUAAAGAAGGGCACUACAUCGUUGCGCCCGACGAUUUGAUAAACAAGCGCUAUCGUACCGUCAAACUUUUGGGGCAAGGGACAUUCGGUAAAGUCGUUGAAGCAGUCGAUCAGGACACCGGCAAGCGGGUGGCAGUCAAGAUAAUCCGAGCCAUACCGAAAUACCGCGACGCCAGCAAAAUGGAGGUCAGAGUCCUACAGAAACUCAAGGAGCAGGAUCCAAAGAAUAAAUUCAAAUGCAUUCAUCUUCUCAAUUGGUUCGACCAUCGCAAUCACAUUUGCCUUGUGUCAGAAUUACUCGGCAAAUGUGUCUACGAUUUUCUCAAGGAGAACGAAUUUGCUCCAUUCCCUCGUCAUCACAUACAAUCUUUCGCGCGACAGCUCCUGGGAAGCGUAGCAUUUCUCCAUGAUCUUCGUUUAAUCCAUACGGAUCUCAAGCCAGAGAAUAUAUUAUUGGUCAAGAACGACUUCCGCGUCGUCCCGAUGACCGCUCCUGGGAGGAGAACGACCCGCGCAGCAAAACAGAAGCGCCUACUAGAAAACACCGAUAUUCGGUUGAUUGACUUCGGGUCUGCAACCUUUGAGGACGAGUAUCAUUCGAGUAUAGUAUCAACUCGUCACUAUCGUGCCCCUGAGAUUAUUCUCGGCUUGGGCUGGUCAUUUCCUUGCGACGCCUUUUCCUUGGGCUGCAUUUUGGUGGAGUUUUAUACAGGCGUCGCCCUAUUCCAGACUCACGACAACCUCGAGCAUCUCGCCAUGAUGGAGCAAGUGAUGGGCAAGAUGCCAGUGUCUUUCGCUCGCCGAGGAGCUCGCUCCAAGCCAGAGUUCUUCCAGGACGAUAAAUUGUACUGGCCGCCACUGAACGUCACCACAGCAAGCAAGAAAGAUGUGAACGCAUGCCGUAGUCUGCAGGAAAUCAUUCCGAGCAUAGAUGAAGUCAACAGGCAAUUCCUGGACCUGGUCAAGAAGCUUCUCAUAUUCGAUCCUUUCCAACGGAUCACUGUGCGCGAAGCCCUGAACCAUCCGUACUUCAAACUCAAUAUUCCCUCAGAAAUAUGA